AUGGCACCCAAAUUCUCUGUUCUCCUGCCAUGCAUAACUCUUUUCUUCAUUCUCUUUCUUUACCAAACCCAUGCACAUUUAUCAGAACCAAAUGACAAAACACCCUCAGCCUUUGAGUUUAUCAAACACUUGAAGGGUUCUCGCAAUGGUGACAAGGUAGAUGGGCUCCAUAAACUCAGAAAUUAUCUCGAAAAUUUUGGUUAUCUAAGCUUAUCCUAUUCUAAAUUGAAUCAAACCUAUGUCAAAAGUGAUGUUUUUGAUGAUCUCUUAGAGUUUGCCAUCAAAACCUACCAGCUCUAUUAUAAUCUCAAAGUUACGGGAGUGUUAGAUGAUAACACCGUGUCAAUGAUGACUCUGCCUCGAUGUGGCUUACCAGAUAUCAUCAAUGGUACUACUGGAAUGAGAUCGGGCAACAAAAUACAACACCAUCAUGGCUCAAACUUGUUCCAAAUAGUCUCUCAUUAUAGUUUCUUCGCAGGUAGACCUAGAUGGCCACGAUAUAAGAUUAAAAAACUCACUUAUGCCUUUCUCCCGGGGACUCGUCGGGCCUCCUUUGGCCCGGUUAGUCGGGCUUUUAACAAAUGGGCUUCUGUAUCAAAAUUCAGGUUUGUCCAAAUUGGAGGCUACAAAAAUGCUGAUUUAAGGAUUGCUUUUUAUAGUGGAUACCAUGGAGAUGCUGACCCGUUUGAUGGUCCGGGUGGAAUCUUGGCCCAUGCUUUUGCACCAACUGAUGGGAGGCUUCACUUUGAUGCUGAUGAGAGGUGGUCUGAUGGACCGGUUCUCGGAUCAUACAACUUAGAGGCUGUGGCUCUACAUGAAAUUGGUCACCUUUUGGGACUUGGGCAUAGCUCAGUUAUGGAAGCUAUCAUGUUUCCAUCCAUUCAACCGGGUGUGAGCAAAAGCUUGGCUUCAGAUGAUAUUAGAGGGCUCAAGGCUUUAUAUUCAUGA